CCCACCCCCACACUCCCCCGGCGCUCUCACUCUCCCCUCGCCGCCUCCCCUGCACCAGAGCUAGCAGAGGAGGGCUCUCCGGACUCUAGCCGGGCGCCAUGAAGCGGACCAGGGCGCAGAACCCCAAGGCCCAGGACCCGGAGCCGCAGGACCCCGCCGCCGCCGGGAGCAACCCCAACCCGAAGCCGCAGCGCCGCGCGAAGCAGCCCCGGCAGCCCAAGGCGGCGGCGACGGCGGGCAAGAAGACGGCCGCGGCGCGCGAUGCCGCCGCGGUGGCCGCGACCGCUGCCGCUGCUGCUGCCACCUCCGUCGCCGCAGCGUCCCCUGCUGCGGAGAUGGCGCCCGUCGUCCCCGACGUGUGCGUCGCCGCCGGCGGAGGAGGAGGUGGGGAGGUGGCGUGCGGCCUGCCGGCUGAGUGGGACGAGAUGGACGGCGCGAACGGGUCGCCGUGGUGGACGUUCGGGGUGGAGGAGGAGAAGCUGCUGGGGUGGUUCCCGUUCGUGGAGGAGGACUUCCUGUCCGUCGGCGGCGUCGGCCCCGCCGCCGCCGAGCCCUCGGUCUUCGACGACGACAUCUGGCGGAUCCACCAGAUCUACGAGAUCCCCAGCUACGCCGCCAAGUGAAGCGAAGCGACGGACGUCGCAAAAUGCGGGCGGGCGGGCGGCAUUCGGCGUGGAGGCCUUCCGCUUCGAGAGAGAAAUUAGAUAGGAGCUGCUACCACUACUAGUGCUUUUGCGGUACAGGAACGGGGAACGGACUAAUCGAGGAGGCCACUAAUGUCACCUUAGGCGAGCGAGCUAGUUAACCAGAUGUUAUGCAAGCAAGCAAAAGAAGAAGAAAAAUUGCGACGGCUAUGCGAUUUCACGUGCCC